UUAUUUUUUAUUUUUUUUAAACAAAGCAAAAGGUAGAAACAUGUUGCCUUCCCAAGAAGCCUCCAAGAUCUACCACGGCAACUACAACUACAACUACAACCCGCGGGCGGUCGGGGUGCUGUGGGCCAUCUUCACCAUCUGCUUCGCCAUCGUCAACGUGGUGGUCUUCAACCAGCCCUACUGGAUCGGCGACAGCAUCAACACGCAGCAGGCCGGCUACUUCGGCCUCUUCCACUACUGCGUGGGCAACGGGCCCUCGUCCAGCCGGGAGCUCACCUGCGUGGGCAGCUUCUCCGACUUCGGCUCCAUACCCUCCGGAGCCUUCAAGGUGGCCUCGGUGUUCGUGCUGCUCUCCAUGGUGCUCAUCGUCGGCUGCAUCGCCUGCAUGGCGCUCUUCUUCUUCUGCAACACCUCCACCGUCUACAAGACCUGCGCUUGGAUGCAGCUGCUGUGCGGAGUAUGCCUGGUCCUGGGCUGCAUGAUCUUCCCCGACGGGUGGGAUGCAGAGGUGAUCCGGGACAUGUGCGGGGAGCACACGGGGAAAUACUCCCUGGGCGACUGCUCCGUACGCUGGGCCUACAUGUUGGCCAUCAUGGGCAUCCUCAACGCCCUGGUCCUGUCCUCAAUGGCCUUCGUCCUGGGCAACCGGCAGAACGACUUCUACCUGGACGACCUGCAGACAGACAACAAAGAUUUUGCUGUGUCGAGGAUUGAGGUCCGGGACAGAAGAGAGCCGAGGUAUGGAGUCCAACGCCUUCACUGAGGAUCGCACUGGACAUCUUCACCUCUCCCUCUCCUCCUUCUCUCUUUCUCUUCCUCUCUCCACUGAUCAGGAUAUAUCGCCCAAAUGUCAAUACAGAAACCAAAUGUACAGGAUUCUGUGAAAUAAACAAAACAAACAACACUGGGAUAAACUAUAUUUGGAAGGGAGAGGGGGAGAAGAAAAACGUUGUACAGUGCAUUUAAGACUUGACUUUCUCAACAAAUACCUUUACGCCGUGGGGAGAAACAACAUAUUUACAUUCUUGACUUUGCGCGGGGGAACUUGUUGGAUUUUUUUUUUUUCAGCAUUUUUUUUUUUUUAUAAAUACAUCCUGGGAAGAAAUCAUUGAGAAGUCCCUGUUGGGGUUAAAAGUGGCAAUACGGCUGCCAGAGGAUACAAAAAAACAAACAACAGUACCCCAGCAUAGCAGCUUUACUAACAUCUCUGGGAGAUUCUCUACUGUACAUAAUGAUGUAAAUAACAUUACUGAAAUUACGGGAAAAAAAAAAAAAAAGGUCACUCUUUUGUGUUCACGUACGUCACUCCUCGCAAUUGACUUAGGAAAACCAGAAAUAACGACGCGCAAAACACGAUCGAUCUGGCUUUCAUCGGUCAGGUGAUUCUGCAGACUGCGUUGUCAUCGGGGGAGGCGAAAAAGUGCUGCAGAUGUCACUUUGGAACGCCUCAUUGGACAAGCAACUGUGCCUGCAGGUAUCAUUAAUUAACGCCCGGAAGGAAAACAAACGAGUCGGCGUCAGCAUACUGUACGAAUAAUGUACCUGCUGUGGGAAACUCUAAGAGCGAUGCUGGAUUUAAUGUCGAUAAAAAAACACUCUUAAUUAUAGAUGUCUUCAUACUGUACAUUUACUGUACUAAACUAAAUGAUAAGAACAGUGAGAGGGAUAUUGCCAAAUCAGUGCAUUUCACAAUACACUUAUAAUUAGGGGUGUAUUUGUAUUGAAGCGUUUCGGUACGGGGGGGUUCCGGUUCGGUUCGGAGGUGUAUCGAACGAGUUUCCACACGGACAUAUUAAGUAGCGUAACGCACGUUGUGUAAACAAUGCACACCGAGGCACAACACACGGCAUUCUAGCAGCUUACGGGCUAGGAUAUACCAGUGUUUUUCAACCACUGUGCCGCGGCACACUAGCGCAUACUUGCCAACCCUCCCGGAUUUUCCGGGAGACUCCCGAAAUUCAGCGCCCCUCCCGAAAACCUCCCGGGACAAAUUUUCUCCCGAAAAUCUCCCGAAAUUCAGGCGGAGCUGGAGGCCACGCCCCCUCCAGCUCCAUGCGGACCUGAGUGACGUGUUGACAGCCUGUUCACAACAUUGCCGUAAACAGCAAUGUUGUGACACUUUUAAACAGGACAAUACUGCCAUCUACUGUACAUGCAAAUGUGACCCACCCAUAAUGUGUCACAUUUUUGUGUUGAUUUAUUUAUUUUAUUUUGUGGUUUGAAUUCGUUUUUGGAGCUGUCAUUCCACAUUUAUCAGUAUUCACAUUGGUCAGUAGGGGGCAGUAGGGCGUUUCUUCCCAAUUGAAUGCUAUCACCUGCAGACCGGAAGUGUCUUGUCAUUCUGAUGAGCGCGACCAGUCUGUGAACAAUUGAAACGUCCUGUGUGCUUUUUCCUCCUGUAUAACAGGUUAGUUUUGGUGAAUCAACUCACUGAAUAUUAUCCAUGUGAUCUUUAUAAGUUUAAGUACACAUUCUGAUGGUGGAGCCUAACUCUAAAGUGUUUGUGAGUUGUAGUUUGUAUUUGUGAAUGAAUCCAGUGCACAGCUGCAGUAAUCAAUACAAAAAGGCGACGUGAGUGCGCAAUGUUUAUAUAGGAACUUCUGAUCCUAAUUCAGACUCCCAAAUUAGAGCUCCCGUUUUCUUAUUGAUUUUAUAAUGUAUAUUUGUAUAAUGUGUGUAUUCUGAAAUAGUGACAGAGAAUAGAACAAGGAUGGCCAAUUCAACCCUUAACUCAACAAUGAGUACAUGAGUGUUGUGUGUGUAUAUGUGUAAAUAAAUGAACACUGAAAUUCAAGUAUUUCU